CACCACAAUUGCUUAUAUAUUGGGCAGCCAGCAUCAGCGGCAGGCUCCACGAUCCACAUCCCAUGCCAUGCUGCAUGUGGUGGCUGAGGUGAGUGGGUAAAAGAGUGAGUGACUGAGUGAGUGAGUGAAAGGCACACGAGUGAGUGAGCAAAUUGGCAUUCAUUCACACAAACGGGUCAGUCAGUCAGUCAGUCAAUGAAUGAAUUAGUCUGUCAUCUCCCAUCACACCACACCACACCAGUCAGUCCCCAACCAACACGCGGUAUUGUUGAUAAUUAUUAUCACAUGUGUGUGUGUGCGAUAGAUAAAACACCACUACUUUCCACAGACACAUAUAGUAACCCAGGCAGGGAGGGAGGGAGGGAGGGAGAGAAGAAGGAGAGACAGCGCGCUUUGCGACGCAAUGUCGACAGACAUGACGGAGUGAGUGAGUAAACACACACGACGGGACGGACGGACACACUCAGACAGACACACACAGCACGCCACGCAAUUCAAUUCACUUAAACUCUGUCUGUCUGUCUGUGCGCCUGUCUCUCUGUGUGUACGUCAAGACGCACAAAACAGUUUACAGACAGACACAGACAUUAGGCAGCCAUCCGUCCAUCCAUCCGUCCAUCGAGAGGCCACUCACUGUACUCGGCCCCUCUCCCCCCAGGUGCCGAUCACCGACGGGAGAGGCGCCCUCUCGCCCUCACCCACACACGACUCCCCGCCCACACACACACCACCAGCCCCGGCUGCCCGCACCUCUCCCAGGCUGCUGUGCGUCUCGUCGCUGCUCGACAUUGAGGCGUACAGCUUGGCCGUGUCGCUCGGGGACUCGGAGGGGUGGUCACCCUGGCUGCCCGUCGCUCUGGCCUGGUGGUCCAGUUCUAGCCGAUCUGCCGCUUGCUUCGCCUGGGGGCACACACAUAUGAAUGAAUGAGAUGCAGACAGUCACGAUGGAUGGAUGGAUGGUCACUCACCUGUUCGUCCCAGUCGAUGCGUGAGAGCAGCCGCGCCAGGCUGAGUACGUUGAUAAGGCAGGCCAGCACGAGCCCAGACAGCAGCCCUGUCAGCUUCAUCCCGGCCCACCCGAAGCACAUGACCAAACCAAAGGGAAUGCCGAUGGGAUAAUACGCCACGAGAUUGACAAGUGCCGCCACCCUCUGCUGACCCAUCCCACUCAUGGCGCCCCUCAGGGCGUGGUAGACGGUGUCCAGCGCAAAGGCCGCACCCAGCACCGGCAGGUGGCGGAGCAUCGACCGCUGCACCUCAGCUGUGGACGCCAGCGCACGAGUCAGCUCCUGAUUAUUGACAUACACACGUCGGCACACCACACGCAUGUCAUGUGGGUGGGUGGGAGGGGGGUAAAUCAAAUCGGUCAUUGAGUCACUGACCGACUGACUGACUGACUGACCGGUGCUGAGAGUGCGACGAAGAGGACGAGUAUGAAGAGGGAGACCACAGCGAUGGUCAAGCCCAUGUGCACAGUGGCCUUGGCCCGCCGGACAUCACAAUCGCCGAUCGCAUUGCCUGACCAGGCACCACACGUCCAUCCAUCCCUCCGUAGGUAUGUAUGCCUCUCCCCUCCCUCUCUCAGUGAGUGAGUGCGUGUCUGUCUGUCCGGGCCUGCCUACCGACAAGGAUGCAUAUGGCGGCGUUGAUGCCCCAUGGGAUGCUGAUGAGCGCGCUGUACAGAUUGAGCAUCAGGGAGGCAGACGACACGAACACCGGGCCCAGCGGGGUGACCGAGAAGAUCACCAGCUGCCACGCCCAGAUCUCCAAACAUACUAGCCCAGACCCCCACAGGCCGAGACGCACCCACUCCCGGAGUCCCUACACACACGCACACACACACACAGCCAGGUGAGGUGCGUGCUGUCUUCCAUCCAUCCCUACCUGUGUGUGGCAGACUUCGCUGAGGGUGAGAGAGCUCAUCUUGGGGCCGUCGGCGAUGCUUGCGUAGACCAGAAAGAUUCCUGCCAUGACCCAUGAGGCCGCCACAUAGCAGACGGUGGGCGCCCGGACGUCCCAGACCCCCGUGGCCUUGAGCACCACACAUCCGAUGAUCACUGCAAGCAAGCAGCCAGCCAGCCAGCCACAUGGACAGAGAACACAUGUGCAGGAGUGCAUCCAUCCAUCCAUCCAUGGGCAUACUGGUGAGAAGGCUGGCUAAGGUCACCCAGAUCUGCACGACCACCACGCCCUUCGACAGCUGCACACACGCGACCCGUCACACCGCACCACACCACACGCCACACUUUGCCUCUCUCUGUUGCCUCUGUCUGCUGUCUGUGUGCUCACGCACACACACGUGCACACGCACGUACAUAAAAUGUGUCGAGGGCCUCGUACAAAAACCGCGCUAAAAUGGCUGGGAGCAACAUCAGAACAAAACUUCGGGCCAGCUGGGUCGCAGGCGAGGCCGCGCCCAGAAGCGGCAGCAGAUUCACGCCACCUGCACACGGACAGACGCACAAAGGACGUUGUCAUACACCAAUGGAUGGAUGGAUGGAUGGAUGGAUGGAUGGUCUGCGGGCGUACGUACCCACAAGUAUGACGAUUGACAGCAGGAGGAAUAGCGGGGGCAAGAUGAGAAACGCCCGGGCAAGUGCGAUGCAGGCCUCUCUCGGCCGCGACGCACCGAACGCCUGGCUGGCAGUCGUGUCUGAAUCAAUAAGCCACAAUGACACACAAUGAGUGAGCGAGAGAGGGGGUGAGGUGAGGCUGACACAUGCGUGCAUGCACGUGGGUGGAUCGACUUACAGACAGCUUCACAGCAGCCCAAGCCGAUGGCCCUGAGAGGGGUGCAAAGCAAAGAGCCCACGCGUGGGUGGGUGUUUGGCCUGUUUGACGGACCCCUGUGGGGCUGUGUGCUUACAGGCCAAUGACGUUACACAACAUGGCAGCCAAGCCCAUCGCCUGCACCACACCAAACAGUCAGCAACGCAUUGCAUUCAGUCACGAUCGCAUGAUGCGUGAGCCAUGUGGCUGACCGCACCGCCUGCAUCUCCUUGCCGAACUCGCCCACAUAGCUCAGCUGCACCACACACGACAGACACCAACCGACACACACACAGAGUUACAGGAGGAGCUCGCAUUUAUGCAUGUCUUCCUUCCCCUGCUUUCCUGCCUCCCUGCCUCCCUCACCAACACGAGGUUCUUUGUGAAGUCGAGGAGGUUUUUGAGCACCGCAGGGCAUGCCGUCCGCAGAAUUGCCACAGCUUCGCUGGGGCGAGUUGUGCCAGAGGUCACAGACACCGACUCGCUGCCUGUGGGCAGCCACUGUGUCGUGAUGGUGGAGGGAGCGAGGGUCUCCUGCGUGUCGAGAGGCGCCGCUGGGUGGCGUCUGAGGAGCGGGGAGUCCUCGUGAUGCUCCAGAAUGCACGACGAAGACGCCAUCGACGAGUCCUCUUUGCCGCUCAUUCGCGAUGAAGCUCUAGGCCGCACUAGCUGGGCAAGCAGGGUGCGGCUGGGGUGCGGAUUGGCGGAAGAGUGC